GGCGCGCGUGGCCAAUGGCGGCGGGGCCGGGCGGGCGGGUCGCGGUGGCAAUGCGGGCGCAGGGCCGGGGGCGCUUGCCCCGGCGGCUGGUGCUGCUGCUGGCUCUUUGGGUGCAGGCGGCGCGGCCCAUGGGCUAUUUCGAGCUGCAGCUGAGCGCGCUGCGGAACGUGAACGGGGAGCUGCUGAGCGGCGCCUGCUGUGACGGCGACGGCCGGACAACGCGCGCGGGGGGCUGCGGCCACGACGAGUGCGACACGUACGUGCGCGUGUGCCUUAAGGAGUACCAGGCCAAGGUGACGCCCACGGGGCCUUGCAGCUACGGCCACGGCGCCACGCCCGUGCUGGGCGGCAACUCCUUCUACCUGCCGCCGGCGGGCGCUGCGGGGGACCGAGCGCGGGCGCGGGCCCGGGCUGGUGGCGACCAGGACCCGGGCCUCGUCAUCAUCCCCUUCCAGUUCGCCUGGCCGCGCUCCUUCACCCUCAUCGUGGAGGCCUGGGACUGGGACAACGAUACCACCCCGAAUGAGGAGCUGCUGAUCGAGCGGGUGUCGCAUGCCGGCAUGAUCAACCCAGAGGACCGCUGGAAGAGCCUGCACUUCAGCGGCCACGUGGCGCACCUGGAGCUGCAGAUCCGUGUGCGCUGUGACGAGAACUACUACAGCGCCACCUGCAACAAGUUCUGCCGGCCCCGCAACGACUUUUUUGGCCACUACACCUGCGACCAGUAUGGCAACAAGGCCUGCAUGGAUGGCUGGAUGGGAAAGGAGUGCAAGGAAGCUGUGUGUAAACAAGGGUGUAAUUUGCUCCACGGGGGAUGCACCGUGCCUGGGGAGUGCAGGUGCAGCUACGGCUGGCAAGGGAGGUUCUGCGAUGAGUGUGUCCCAUACCCCGGCUGCGUGCACGGCAGCUGCGUGGAGCCCUGGCAGUGCAACUGUGAGACCAACUGGGGCGGCCUGCUCUGCGACAAAGACCUGAACUACUGUGGCAGCCACCACCCGUGCACCAACGGAGGCACGUGCAUCAACGCUGAGCCCGACCAGUACCGCUGCACCUGCCCCGAUGGCUACUCGGGCAGGAACUGUGAGAGGGCUGAGCAUGCCUGCACCUCCAACCCAUGUGCCAACGGGGGCUCUUGCCAUGAGGUGCCAUCCGGCUUCGAAUGCCACUGCCCGUCGGGCUGGAGCGGGCCCACCUGUGCCCUUGACAUCGAUGAGUGUGCCUCGAACCCAUGUGCGGCCGGUGGCACCUGUGUGGACCAGGUGGACGGCUUCGAGUGCAUCUGCCCCGAGCAGUGGGUGGGGGCUACCUGCCAGCUGGACGCCAAUGAGUGUGAAGGGAAGCCGUGCCUUAACGCUUUUUCUUGCAAAAACCUGAUUGGCGGCUAUUACUGUGAUUGCAUCCCGGGCUGGAAGGGCAUCAACUGCCACAUCAACGUCAACGACUGUCGCGGGCAGUGUCAGCACGGGGGCACCUGCAAGGACCUGGUGAAUGGGUACCAGUGCAUGUGCCCACGGGGCUUCGGAGGCCGGCACUGCGAGCUGGAACGAGACGAGUGUGCCAGCAGCCCCUGCCACAGCGGCGGCCUCUGCGAGGACCUGGCCGACGGCUUCCGCUGCCACUGCCCUCAGGGCUUCUCCGGGCCUCUAUGUGAGGUGGAUGUUGACCUUUGUGAGCCGAGCCCCUGCCGGAAUGGCGCUCGCUGCUAUAACCUAGAGGGUGACUAUUACUGUGCCUGCCCUGAUGACUUUGGUGGCAAGAACUGCUCCGUGCCACGCGAGCCGUGCCCUGGCGGGGCCUGCAGAGUGAUCGACGGCUGCGGGUCGGAUGCAGGGCCCGGGGCGCCUGGCGCAGCAGCCUCUGGCGUGUGUGGCCCCCAUGGACGCUGCGUCAGCCAGCCAGGGGGCAACUUUUCCUGCGUCUGUGACAGUGGCUUUACUGGCACCUACUGCCAUGAGAACAUUGACGACUGCCUGGGCCAGCCCUGCCGCAAUGGGGGCACGUGCAUUGACGAGGUGGAUGCCUUCCGCUGCUUCUGCCCCAGCGGCUGGGAGGGCGAGCUCUGCGACACGAAUCCCAACGACUGCCUUCCCGAUCCCUGCCACAGCCGCGGCCGCUGCUACGACCUGGUCAACGACUUCUACUGCGCGUGCGACGACGGCUGGAAGGGCAAGACCUGCCACUCACGCGAGUUCCAGUGCGACACGUACACCUGCAGCAACGGCGGGACCUGCUACGACAGCGGGGACACCUUCCGCUGCGCCUGCCCCCCCGGCUGGAAGGGCAGCACCUGCACCGUUGCCAAGAACAGCAGCUGCCUGCCCAACCCCUGUGUGAACGGGGGCACCUGCGUGGGCAGCGGCGCCUCCUUCUCCUGCAUCUGCCGGGACGGCUGGGAGGGCCGCACUUGCACUCACAAUACCAACGACUGCAACCCUCUGCCUUGCUACAACGGUGGCAUCUGUGUUGACGGCGUCAACUGGUUCCGCUGCGAGUGUGCGGCUGGCUUCGCGGGACCUGACUGCCGCAUCAACAUUGACGAAUGCCAGUCCUCGCCCUGCGCCUACGGGGCCACGUGUGUGGAUGAGAUCAACGGGUAUCGCUGUAGCUGCCCCCCUGGCCGAGCCGGCCCCCGGUGCCAGGAAGUGAUCGGGUUCGGGAGGUCCUGCUGGUCCCGGGGCACUCCGUUCCCGCAUGGAAGCUCCUGGGUGGAAGACUGCAACAGCUGCCGCUGCCUGGAUGGCCGCCGUGACUGCAGCAAGGUGUGGUGCGGGUGGAAGCCUUGUCUGCUGGCCGGCCAGCCCGAGGCCCUGAGCGCCCAGUGCCCGCCGGGGCAAAGGUGCCUGGAGAAGGCCCCAGGCCAGUGUCUGCGACCACCCUGUGAGGCCUGGGGGGAGUGCGGCACAGAAGAGCCACCGAGCACCCCCUGCCUGCCGCGCUCCGGCCACCUGGACAAUAACUGCGCCCGCCUCACCUUGCGUUUCAACCGUGACCAUGUGCCCCAGGGCACCACGGUGGGCGCCAUUUGCUCCGGGAUCCGCUCCCUGCCAGCUACGAGGGCUGUGGCACGGGACCGCCUGCUGGUGUUGCUCUGCGACCGGGCGUCCUCCGGGGCCAGUGCAGUGGAGGUGGCCGUGUCCUUCAGCCCUGCGAGGGACCUGCCUGACAGCAGCUUGAUCCAGGGCGCGGCCCAUGCCAUCGUGGCCGCCAUCACCCAGCGGGGGAACGGCUCACUGCUCCUGGCUGUCACCGAGGUGAAGGUGGAGACAGUCGUUAUGGGCGGCUCUUCCACAGGUCUGCUGGUGCCCGUGCUGUGUGGUGCCUUCAGCGUGCUGUGGCUGGCGUGCGUGGUCCUGUGCGUGUGGUGGACACGCAAGCGCAGGAAAGAGCGGGAGAGGAGCCGGCUGCCGCGGGAGGAGAGCACCAACAACCAGUGGGCCCCGCUCAACCCCAUCCGCAACCCCAUCGAACGGCCGGGGGGUGGCCCGUGGGGCGGCGGGGGCCACAAGGACGUGCUCUACCAGUGCAAGAACUUCACGCCGCCGCCGCGCAGGGCAGACGAGGCGCUGCCCGGGCCGGCCGGCCACGCGGGCGUCAGGGAGGACGAGGAGGACGAGGAUCUAGGCCGCGGUGAGGAGGACUCCCUGGAGGCGGAGAAGUUCCUCUCGCACAAAUUCACCAAAGAUCCUGGCCGCUCGCCGGGGAGGCCGGCCCACUGGGCCUCGGGCCCCAAAGUGGACAACCGCGCGGUCAGGAGCAUCAAUGAGGCCCGCUACACUGGCAAGGAGUAGGGGCAGCCGCCAGCUGGGCCGGGACCCAGGGCCCUCGGUGGGAGCCAUGCCGUCUGCCGGACCUGGAGGCCAAGGCCAUGUGCAUAGUUUCUUUAUUUUGUGUAAAAAAACCACCAAAAACAAAAAACAAAUGUUUAUUUUCUACGUUUCUUUAACCUUGUAUAAAUUAUUCAGUAACUGUCAGGCUGAAAACAAUGGAGUAUUCUCGGAUAGUUGCUAUUUUUGUAAAGUUUCCGUGCGUGGCACUCGCUGUACGGCAGGAGAGAGCAAAGGGUGUCUGCGUCCUCACCAAAUCGUAGCGUUUGUUACCAGAGGUUGUGCACUGUUUACAGAAUCUUCCUUUUAUUCCUCACUCGGGUUUCUCUGUGGCUCCAGGCCAAAGUGCCGGUGAGACCCAUGGCUGUGUUGGUGUGGCCCAUGGCUGUCGGUGGGACCCGUGGCUGAUGGUGUGGCCUGUGGCUGUCGGUGGGACUCGUGGCUGUCAGUGGGACCCGUGGCUGUCGGUGGGACCUACGGUGGUCGGUGGGACCCUGGUUAUUGAUGCGGCCCCGGCCGCCGGCACGGCCCGUGGCUGUUGGCGCACCUGUGGUUGUUAGUGGGGCCUGAGGUCAUCGGCGUGGCCUGAGGCCAGCAGGUCGACCUCGCGCUUGCUGGCCAGUCCACCCUGCCCGCCGUCUGUGCUUCCUCCUGCCCAGAACGCCCACUCCAGCGAUCUCUCCACUGUGCUUUCAGAAGUGCCCUUCCUGCUGCGCAGUUCUCCCCUCCUGGGACGGCGGCAGUAUUGAAGCUUGUGACAAGUGCCUUCACACAGACCCCUCGCAACUGUCCAUGCGUGCCGUGGCACCAGGCGCUGCCCACCUGCCGGCCCCGGCCGCCCCUCCUCGUGAAAGUGCAUUUUUGUAAAUGUGUACAUAUUAAAGGAAGCACUCUGUAUAUUUGAUUUAAUAACGUCAACAUUCCGGCCUCCCUUGUUCUUUGGGUGCUGUUCCUUUUGCAUUUAGAGUCAGACUGGGAGAGAACCGCGCCGGCAGAGAGGCGUGAGGCAGGGGGCACGUGCUGGGUGUUGGCCCACAUGGCUGUGGUGGCUGUGGAGGGUGAGACGGUCCUGCUGAGUCAGGGCCUGCCAGGGCCUCGAACGUAUUGCCAAGUUGGUGGAUGCAGGUUUGGCCAAAACCUUCCUGGGAAUGGGGAGGGGGGUGUCUAGGUGCCUGGCACCUGACCCUGACUACAAACAGCCUAAAACAGUUUUAUAAAAUAGUAUAAAAUUGCUUACCCACGAAUACCUAUCAAGGUCUUAAGGAAUUAACAGUUCAAAAUUUUUAUUCAUUCAUUUAUUCCUUUGUUUUGCUUGUUCAUUCAGAGGCAAGGUCAGCAUUUGAGAGACUGGAGGCAGGAGAGAAGCAGCCCUUCCACCUGGCCCUGGAGCUGGUUUUGCCUCUCACUGCUUGAGCCAACUGGAACAUGGCAUGGUGGCUUCAGGGCUGGGCAUGGAAGGCCGACUCCAAGGCUGACUCCGAGCCGUCUGUCAGUGACGUGCAAGUCUUUAACCUGCUGUGAGGGGCAGGAGGUCAACUGAGUCAAGGAGCAAAGCCAAGAACUAGAUCUAUACAAAAAAGAAGAAAAAAGUCCUGCUGACAGCCUGGGAGUGAGGCUGCCUUGCACAGGCAGAACAAAUGAAUAAAUGAAUGAAUGAAUAAAAA